AAAUUACUAUAAAAUGUUAAGUUAAAGCUGUCACGCUGUGCAUGACUAGUCUUCAUGGUAAAGUGCUAACACCGCCAACACGUGACUGAUGACUUAUAAAGAUAGGAUAGGUAUAAGCCAUUUGGAAUUAUAAACAUUUUACCUAGCAAUAAUAAUCAUAAGUACCUAAAAUUUCGUUUUAAAAUAUCAUCAAGUAUAGUAAAAAAGUACUUAGAACUUUAAUAAUAACCGAACACUUAAGAGGUGAUGAACUCUGAUAUAUUUUCAAACAUAAAUCAAGCUUCAGAAAAGCUUGAAUUACGUAAUGACAGAAGCUUUAAGGGUUUGUUUUUAAUUGGCUUAACAGGUGGAGCUUCAAUUAUACUCAGUAUUGUUUGUUAUCCAUUUGUUUCGCCUGCCUUACGAAAGAUAUGUCUACCUUAUGUUCCAGCAACUAAUGUUCAAUUACAAAAUGUAUUAAGCACACUUAAAGGUCGUUCUGGCAAAUUAGUAGAUCUAGGCAGUGGUGAUGGAAGAAUAGUAAUUGAAUCAGCUAAAGUUGGAUUUGAGUCUGUUGGAGUAGAACUCAAUUAUUGGUUAGUGUUGUAUUCAAGAUUGACUGCAUUAUUAUCAAACAUUAGGCCUCGUCCAAAGUUUGUUCGGUCUGAUUUGUGGAAAUUUGACUUAAGACCAUUUUCAAAUGUUGUUAUAUUUGGCGUUGACGAAAUGAUGCUAGAUCUCGAAAAAAAAUUUGUUAAGGAGUUAUCUAGCGAAGCAGUGAUAGUUGCUUGUCGCUUUCCACUUCCAAAUUUGAAACCCUAUCUAGUCAUUGGUGCUGGAAUUGACAAAGUAUGGGCUUAUAGGAUUUUGAAAUGAAAUAUUUUAAAUAUGUUUGUUUGUUUUUUUUAAAUAUUUUUAGUUGCUUGAUUAUUUAAUAAAAUUAUGAAUGUAGUA